GAGUGGGUAGCGAACUCCUAUCUCGCCGCAACAACGCCUACUAUAUGUAGGUACAUACCUACACAGUGACCUGGAACGCCAUUCUCCCCUUUGCUUUUUCUUGAAAUAUUCUAAACCUGUGAAAGGUGUCUUGCUGAUAACACUCAUCUGGUAUUUUGUAAUCCGAACCCAGAUGAAUUUUCAAUUGGUUACGACUCUCGUCGUUACCUGUAGGCUUUUUGCCUAAAAACCGGCCCCGCGAUGGAGUCGCUCCCUGUUGAACUCCUUAUUCAGAUAUUCAGCUCCUUCUGUUUUCACUGCCAAAAUCCUGGCGUGUUCCCUAAUGCCGACCUUGAGAACGAACGUAACGACAAGAAAGUGCUGGCUCGCUUAUGCCGGACGUCAAAGUUCAUCUGCUCCGUCGCGCAGCCCAUACUAUACCACUGUUACGCGACUGGUAACAGUAGAGUAAGGAAAGAGAUCGAUGACAGAGUCGGGUUCCCGAAUAAACUAGACUUCCUCCCGCAAUUUGUCCGCACCAUCGUUCAGCGCCCCGAUUUGGCAGCACAGGUCACCACGAUGCAUAUUGUGCGAACGGACAUGCUAGCGGGGUAUGAGACUCACAUGCGGACCAUCGAGCCAUUAAUCGAAUUCAGCAUCUCGAGAAAUCUCCUCAGAAAGCCUUCUUUACCUGACGACUGGCUCGAUGGUCACUUUUCAAAGUGGCGGCUUGGUCAGGCGGAGAGUUUGCACCGGUGGCUGGUUACGCUUGCCAUAGUCCUCUCUCCGCGGCUGGAAAGUCUAUAUCUCACUAUUGAUACCAACGCUCGGUUUUUUGCCCUGGAAGAUUCUCCUCAUCUUAAGCUGUUGUCUCUACGGACUUUGGCAAUGGUGGGGCAUGUGCUUGACUAUCACUUCAACGAACUAGAAGGAUUAUACGCAGCCGCACCAAACCUCGAAACUAUCUACGCGUGCGAAGCGUCGGGCUGGAUAGCUAGGGUGGUUUACGAUCGCGAUUAUAAACUACCGUUACCUAAUGUUAAAAGGCUAGCAAUCUCAGAUUUGAUCCUGGACGACUUGGGGAACCUGCUGCGGUGCACCCCGAAGUUGGAGGACUUGGAGUACUAUUGGGACGAUCUGGAUGAGGGAAAGGAGUAUGGUUUCAGAGUCCUAGCAGGUGUAUUAGAGCCCGUCAAGGCAACUCUUAAGAGGCUUUGUAUUGGGUUUCUACCGCGUAGCGUUCACCUCGACCCAUUUCCUAAGUUGGUCGAACCACCGGUAAUACAUUAUCCUCCCAUCGAAACUCUCCGCGAGUUCCCUAGGCUGGAGUACCUGUCGAUCGACUGCUUUUUGUUAUACCAAGAGGAGGACCGCGAUACUGCCAAUCGAUUGAUCGAUCUACUCCCGCCAUCAAUCCGAUUUCUCCGAAUCUCGUACGUAUAUAGAGGCAUAGGAAGGUGUCUGCGUCAGCUUGCUAUUGACGCUCCACAGAAGUUCCCACUUCUCGAGGAAGUGGUGCUUGGCAUUUCGGCGAAAACGAAUCCAAGCAACGACUCCGAAAUCGAAUCGUCAAUAGCGGUUGGCAGUAUAUUUGAGGAUUUGGGCAUUAAGUUCUCUAUAAAAUAUGAUCUCCUAGGAGCACAUUCAAGAACUAUCAUUCCAGGUGAUAUAAUUGGAACGCUAGUGACCCCUGUGCCAAGGGUAUUGGACGAAGUAGGGUAUGAGGAGUGGGCACGGUGGAAUUGAUGUUGUAUUCUUCUAAGUUCUAAGGUAACUUAAGGUUCAACAAGGUGUUCUCUAAUACUAGGGAUGUCACAUAACAGGAUCGUAUCAUUUAGAAAUUAUCUAAACAUAGAAAUCGACGAAGGCUGGCAUAUCUAUAACGUUUUCUUUUGAAGCUGUUGAUUUUCUCCCGUCCCCGAAAAAUCGCGAUUUCAACCGAUCUUACAGGGGUGAUUCUAGAAAUCGUUAUGGGCUAGUUUUACUGGAGAUCUUCCUUGUUAAGGUGGGUCUUGCUGAGUCAUUGCCUCCUUGGUCAUGCGUCCGAAGCCCUUAUAGCUCAGUGGUAGAGCGCAGCACUCGUACGCUUCAUGUAAUGAGUUCAUGCUGAGGUCCAUCGUUCAAUCCGGUGUGGGGGCAUGUUGCAUUGCGCAUUCUAUUUUUUGCUUAUUCACUGUUUUAAGGUCCUUCGCGGGCCGACCCGGGUUGAAGACAUUGUCAGGUGGGGAGUUCAUAUGACCAGCGGAAGAAUACUGGGUACCUAGGUAAAGAUCAAU